AUGACUCUGGCCUUCAAAACUCACCCCCUCCACCACCGUCUUAUGACCCUGGCCUUCAAACCUCACCCCCUCCACCACCGUCCUAUGACCCUGGCCUUCAAACCUCACCCCCUCCGCCACCGUUCUAUGUCCCUGUCUUUCAAAACUCACCCCCCUCCGCCACCGUUCUAUGUCCCUGCCUUUCAAAACUCACCCCCUCCGCCACCGUUCUAUGUCCCUGUCUUUCAAAACUCACCCCCUCCGCCACCUUCCUAUGACCCUGGCCUUCAAAACUCACCCCCUCCACCUGCUCAUGACUCCCCAACAUUGCCAAACCUAAGUCCUCCUCCUUACCAGUCCUCCGAUGAGGGCUGUUUGAUGUUGUGCAGGGACACUUGCUCGAACAGCGACGUGGACUGUUUAAGAGGAUGUUCUUCUGUGUGCAGUGGCCCUAAUCCUAAGCCUACAAAUUUUGAUAAGUGUACACUUCCCUGCAAGCAUCCCAUGCCCUAUACCGCUGCUGAUUUUGAAAAAUGGACGCGCGAUAGACUUCAUGAUUUGCCGUAA